CGGCGACAACCGAUGACGCCAUCACGAGUGGACAGUGUUGUCAUUCUUGAAAUGUGGGAGGCGGUUUUCUUUUUGUGUGGUUCGUUUUAAAUUAUUCUUCGUAUUGUAAGCAUCAACAUUUAAAAUGGCUGACUACUGGAAGUCACAACCAAGGAAAUUCUGUCAGUAUUGCAAGUGCUGGAUUGCGGACAAUAAACCCAGCGUUGAGUUCCAUGAAAGAGGGAAGAAUCACAAAGAAAAUGUGGCUGCAAAAAUCUCUGAGAUUAAAAAGAAGAGCAUGGACAAGGCGAAGCAAGAGGAAAAAGAGUCUAAAGAGUUUGCAGCAAUGGAGGAGGCUGCACUGAAGGCAUAUCAGGAAGAUCUGAAGAGGAUGGAAAGGGAGGCGGCAGGAGGAUCAGAUUCACCAGCCCAAACAACACAGCAACAACAUCCGGCAAAACCCCAGGUCAGACCCCAGGUCAGAACCCAGACCAAAACCCAGGCCAAAAAACAGCGAAAGAAAGAUAAAGCAAGGGAGUCCAGAAACCAAACACAAGCGCAGGUUUGGGUUGAAGGACUGACAGAUGAUGGACACACAUACUAUUACAACACAAUAACUGGAGAAUCUCGAUGGGACAAUCCAGAGGGUUUCCAGGGAGACAGUCUGGCCUUAGCACAGCUCGGACAGACUGAGAGCUCCUCUGGCUGUCCUUGGAUGGAAGCCGUCAGUCCUGAUGGUUAUAAAUAUUAUUACAACUCAGAAACUGGAGAGUCCAGCUGGGAGAAGCCAGCAGACUUUACCUCCAAUGAAGCAUCUGGAUCUGGGCCCAGCGGAGAGAGUGAGAAUCAGGAGGAGCCUUCAACCCCUCAGCCGGAGCCACUCUCAGGAGAAGAGGGGAGCUCCAGUGGGGACCCACCAUCUCAGGAGGCUGAAGUCCCUGAACAAGCCAGCCAGCAGCCCACAGUCCCAAAGAUCAGCUUCAGGAAAAGGAAAGCGGAAGCUGAGCCCUCAGAAAGCGAAGGAGAAGAUAAAGUGAGUGAUGAUGCUCCUAAAGAGGACGCUGAAGAGACGAAAAAAGAAGAAGAGGUCCAAAGCACGACAGCUAAACCAGAGGAGAAGAAAGUGGAAGAGGUGACACAAGGAAAGAUACAAGCCAAAAGACCAAAAGCUACCAAUCCAUAUGGGGUCUGGGAACAGAUCCAGGAAGAGGAGGAUCCAUAUGCCGGUGUGGACUUGCAGUUGCCCCAGGUGGAGGGAAGCACAGCCAGCGCUCCAGCCGACCUGCCGCCAGAGCCAAAACCGAAGUUCAGGGAACGCAUUAUCACCUCCCUCGGAGAGGAAGGCGGCCCCACUUCAUUCAGGAAAAACAAGACACAGAACGGAAAAUCCAGGAGCCUCCGGCAGAGAGACGACGACGACGAUGACUGACCCAAACACAUAAAAACUUCCACGCCAGAAUGCAGCAGAAUAAGACUUUUACACAAAUACAUCUCUUUCCUGCAACUUUUUUGUUGACAUUUUGGGACACUGUUUUGAUAUUUGAAGUUUAUUAAAUGUAUUAGGACAAAUAGGCCAGAGAAACUCAAAUGCUGUGUCUUAAAAGAAACAUUUUUUUUCUAAUCUUAAAAAUGUCUACCAUUG